AUGGCUACUGCAGCGGUUGACGCAUGUGGCGACCGCCGAUUCGGUCCGUUUGUCGCAACAGCAGACUGUCGCGGAGGCUUCGACUUUACAGUGCUCUUCGAGUCUAGUAUUCUGAACAUCCUACCAGCGGCAUGUUUCCUCAUACUCGCAAUUGCGCGAUUGCUUUUCUUGUCCAAGCAGUCGGUCAAGAUUUCUCCUUCAAGAUUCCAUAGAGUAACACUGGGAAUUUCGGUCGCUUAUGCAGCUCUUGAAAUUGCACUCGUGGUACUAGUCGCGAAACAGCAUCCUCUUAGAGGCGGCAGCAUCCCCCUGACUGGUGCGGUUUUGGACCUGGUGUCAGCGCUGGUCAUGAUCAUUUUGAUUGACCAGGAACACUUCCGAUCCAUACGACCAUCAUUCAUAGUCUUCGCCUAUCUAUUCAUCACGGUGCUUCUGGAUCUUGCGCGUCUGCGGACAGCAUGGUUGAUACCUGUCAAUAGUGCCUAUCCUGCAUGUCUUUCGGUCUCUUUUACCUUCAAGCUGCUCCUGCUGGGAGUGACUAAUGCUGAGAAGCGAAAAUGGCUGAUCGGUACCGAGAAGGAGCAAUCCUUGGAGAGUGUCAGCGGACCCCUUAGUCGAGGCCUGUUGACUUGGCUGAAUGGCCUGCUGUUGAAGGGACACUCUAUGUUACUUCCGGGCCAGGAUCUGCCGGCGAUUCACGAGAAGCUUCUAUCUGCAGAACUGUCCGAUCGAUUCACCCAUUCAUGGGCUCAUUGCUCUCAAAGUGAGCGGAACGCACUGCUCUGGGCGGUUCUCAAAUGCCUCCGAUGGGAGAUGGCAACCAUUGCCUUCCCACGACUUUGCGUUGUGGGAUUCAGCAUUGCCCAGCCCUUUCUGAUAGGCAAACUUGUGACGGUUCUUCAGAAGACGGGAUCCACACGUGAAGAGAUAGGAUACGGCUUGAUCGCGGCAACGGCGAUUGUUUUUGUCGGGAUUGCAAUUUUCCGAGCAUCGUACGAGCAUUUAGGGUAUCGUGCUACAACCAUGCUUCGUGGAGGCUUGAUGACCCUAGUGUUUCAGCACAUGAUGAAUUUGCCAUUGGGAGCAGCCGACGAAUCGAGUGCCAUGGCCCUCCUGGGCUCCGACAUUGAAAUGCUCGCCGAAUAUUUUUAUUCAGUGGUCUGCGAGACCUGGGCGAACGUUCUUCAAUUGGCCUUCGCCACGUGGUUAUUGCAGACUCAGGUCGGCGUCGUAUGCAUUGCGCCAAUCUUCGUUGUGAUCGCUUUUACGGCUUCUUCAUUUGCCAUGGGCAACGCUGUUUCCGCUCGUCAAAAGAACUGGCUGCAGGCUACGGAAAAGCGUAUUAAUUUCACGACUUCCAUCUUGGGAUCCAUCCGCAACGUCAAGUUCCUGGGCUUGACCAAUAUCAUGAGCUCGAUGAUCGAGAAUCUACGUGCAGAGGAGCUCCAAAGUUCGAAGAAGUUUCGGCAUCUACAAUCGAUCCGGGUCUGCAUGGUGAACUCUCCCAUCAUCAUCGGUCAACUCAUUACGCUGGCAGCAUAUGCUAUUCUGGCGAUGCUGCAAGGCUCGAGGAGUCUUGUGGUCAGUCAAGCGAUUACAUCUUUGUCUCUCAUCAGCUUGAUGAUCACACCAUUAAGUUACCUCUUAAUGGCAAUUCCCGAUGCGUACUCAUCAUUGGGCUGUCUGCAUCGAAUUCAAGACUUCUUGAGAAGUCCUGGUCAUUCUGAUGCUCACAAAGAUUUUCCACACAUCACAGAGAAGAGGCAGCUCCCUCAAUUUUCACCAGAAUCAUCCGCAAUGUCGAGCAGUCUCUCUGGCAUCGAGUUGAGGCCGGCUACCAAAUUAACACAGGCAGACGGGGAGACGGUUCUAUCAUUCCGGGAUGUUCGUUUUGGUUGGAAGGCUUCUUCGUCAGAUACUUCCGGAAUCACACUGGAAUUUCAAUCCUCGGCGACGGGUACACUCGUCAUGCUUAUUGGGUCAGUGGGCUGCGGAAAGUCCACUUUUCUCAAAGGUCUCGCGGGCGAGACGCCAGUGCUGGAAGGACAGCUUUUCAUCAGAUAUCCCGAUAUUGCAUUCUGUGAUGAGAAUGCAUGGUUAUCUAAUGCCUCUAUUCGGCGCAACAUCAUUGGCGAAGAUGAGACUGAGUUUGACCCUAUCUGGUAUCGUUCUGUGAUAAAUGCAUGUGCACUAGAUCCAGAUCUGAAACGGAUGGCGAAAGGUGAUGAUACCAUCGUGGGCAGUAAGGGUUCGAAACUCAGUGGUGGGCAGAGACAAAGAAUCGCGAUCGCUCGAGCUGUCUAUGCCCGCAAACGCAUUGCCUGUUUCGACAGCGUCUUUAGCGGUCUGGACAACGCGACUGCCAGGCAUGUCUUUGACAAUGUCUUCGGUUCAAGAGGCCUGCUACGUCGCCUAGGUUGCACAGUGUUUUUCGCCACUCACUCUAUCCAUCAUCUUCCUGAGGCAGACCUGAUUCUUGUUCUUGGGCAAAAUGGCCAGCUUGUCAAACAGGGCCGCUACGCGGAGAUUCGAGACGAGGUUGGCGAGUUCAACUCGCAGCUUCAUAACGAGAGCGUGCGGGACUGCGAGGCGCAGGCAAGUGAUGAGAAUCCAUCAUCUGCCCCCGAGAACCAAGAGUCAGAAAGUACCACAGAAGUGACUUCCGACCGACACGCGGCCGACUUGGCCGUUUAUAAGUACUACUUCUCUGCAUUGGGUUGGGUACGAGUUUCCGCGCUGCUGUUGUUCCUGGUGACCGAUGCCGGCAUCGGCGGGUUUCGCUACGUAUGGGUUGAUCUCUGGGCCUCCAGCAGCGAAAGCUCCUCGGACUCGCAGCUUGGCUAUUGGCUCGGCUUGUAUGGGGCAUUUUCUGUGAUUCAAGUGUCUACUCUCACACUUGCAGUCUUCUGGACUUGGGUAGUUAUCGUUCCUGCUGCUUCCAAGAAUCUUCAUUCCGUCGUUCUACGUGCUUGUAUGAGUGCACCGUAUUCAUUUUUGUCAAAUGUCGACACCGGAGUUCUGGUGACACGCUUCAGUCAGGACAUGAGACUUGUGGACAUGAUAUUGCCUCGAGGAUUUAUCUCAACUGGGUUUCAGUUCUUCGGUGCCAUCGCCCAAUGUGCUACUGCUGUAGCUUCAUUGCCCUAUCUAGCUGCAACUCUACCAUUCCUCAUGGGAGUUCUUUACGUGAUCCAAAGAUUCUACCUCAAGACCUCCCGCCAGCUCCGGCUACUCGAGAUUGAACUUAAAAGUCCCCUCUACACUCACUUCAUCGAGUCCCUGGCCGGGGUGACCACCAUCCGCGCAUUCUCUUGGCGUCACUCUACCAUAUCCCGAAUGAUUUCCAUGUUAGACGCUGCCCAAAAGCCUUACUAUCUCCUCCUCUGUAUCCAGAGAUGGCUCAGUCUCGUACUCAAUCUAAUAGUCGCUGCCAUCGCGGUGCUUCUGGUUGGACUCUCGACUGCUCUCCGCAAUCGUGUGGACCCAGGUCUACUGGGUAUUGCACUCGUGAUGAUGAUGGAUCUCGGGCUUGUUCUUUCAGAGCUAGUACAGAACUACACGCUUCUCGAGACUUCGCUGGGAUCAAUUUCUCGCAUCAAGGAGUUCGCGGAGACCACCCCAAACGAGGAGAGCGGCGUGAUCGCUCAGGCUCAGGGAUCCUGCGAGGAGUGGCUUACUCACGGCGAAAUCGAGUUUUCCAGCACAAGUAUCUCCUGGAGUGACUCCGCCAUCAAGCCCUUGAUCAAUGGCGUCAAUAUCCGCAUCGGUGCCGGGGAGAAGUUCGGUCUUUGUGGCAGAACUGGCAGCGGCAAGAGUACAUUAGCUCUAUCACUCCUGCGCCUCAAUGAGAUUGUCGCCGGUCAAAUCCUCAUCGACGGUCAGGACAUCUCCCAACUGUCUCGAUCAUCAGUCCGCGAACGUAUCAGCUGUCUCAGUCAAGAACCAUUCAUGUUCCCCGGCACGGUGCGACAAAACGCUGACCCGCUCAACACGGUAUCAAACGCGCAAAUCAUCGAAGCGCUGCGAUCAGUCGGUGUCUGGGACUCUCUUGUAACGGCCUAUAGCGUCGCAGACACAACCCCAGACGUAGAAACAGAUGCACAUGUUCUCAAAUCAACACUUGACGAGAAUGUCUUAUCACAGGGUCAAAAGCAGCUCUUCUGCUUGGCGAGGGCUCUUUUGAAAAAGAGCAAGAUUCUCAUUCUGGAUGAGCCGACGAGCAGCCUGGAUCAUGAAACCGAUGCCAAAGUGCAAACCAUUAUCAGGGAAUCAUUCCCCGGAUGUACAGUCAUCAUGGUUGCACAUCGAAUCCACAGUCUUUUGGACUUUGAUCAAGUUGCUGUCUUGAAUAGCGGACAGCUUGUGGAAGUUGGCCAUCCGCAGGAUUUGAUGGAUCGGACUGAUGGAGAGUUUGCCAAGUUGUUGAAAUUGGAAUCUUGA